AUGAGUUUCUUUAAUAAUAAAACUGGAUCAGGUGGGUCGUCUUGGGGAAAUAUGUUAAAACAAGCCGUGAAUAAUUUUGAGAGCAAACUUGAUAAGGCUCUUGACAUUGGUGAAGAUAAUUCUUAUCAGGGGGAGGUCUACGUGGACCCAAUAACUGGGUUUGUUACCACCGUUGAUCCUCCUGCAGUUUCUGAACGUCCGAAAUCACCAAAUGUCUCAACUAAAAAACCGUCGGCUUCUCCAACACCAACGCCAAAUAAACCAUCACCUAAAUUGGGUCCACGAUCCAAUUCAAGUGAUCUUUUUGGUUCAAUGUUGGGAAAUAUUUCAACUUCCAGCCUUCAGAAUUCUCUUUCGAGUCGUCAAGUUCAAAAUCUCUCACAAUCCUUAAAAUCUAAAAGUAGCGAUUUACUUGCCAAUAUUCGUACUUCACGCGGAUCAAAUGAUAUCGAUAGAAAUAUAUCGACACAUGCGUCAUCACAAACUGGAUCACCUCAAUCCACAUUACAAGAAUCUCGUCGUUCUUCACAAAGAACGUCAUUGGAUAGUGAUUUGGAUAUCCUUGAUGAUUCAUCUAGGAAGAAUUCAACGUUACCUAUCGAAGUAAAUACAACAGACAUUGCGGGCGAGGAUGAUCAUUCUGCCUCUGUUUCAAAUGAGGAGCGAUAUAAUGACAAUAAUGAAAAUAAUGAAAAAGUAGACAUACCCUCCAUAAAUAGUAAUUUAAAUGUUUCUGUUUCAUCAAGUACAAAUCAAAUUGAGAAUGGAAAUGUGUAUAAUAGACGUUCAACAGAUAGUUUAAUACUUGAAAAUCAUGUAAGUAGCAAAUGUGAAACAGAUGGGGUUAAGGAAUCUGAUACAGAUUCUAAAGUUGAUGAAAGUAGUUUGAAAGGCGACGAUAUAGAAUUUCAUGAAAAGACCUCAAAUGAAGAUUCUCAAGGGAUUGAUAUGAUAGACGGUAAAGCAUCAUUGAUUGGUGAAAAUUCAGUAGAGUUUCAACUGAUUAUUGAACAGAGAGAACGUCAGCUUAUGAAUGCCACAGAGCAAAAUGCAUUAUUAAAUGAUACGGUAGAAAAGCUUAGAUUACAAUUACAAGAAUUGGAAGAAAACAAGGUUGAAGAAUCAAAAAUUACAAAAAAUCAUUUAGAAGGUUUGGAAAAUCAAUUAAAAACAGCAAAUAAGGAAUUGGAUAUGUUUAGACAACAAGAAGCGAGUAAAGAGGAUUCAUCUAUUCAAAGUAUACUUGAAUUGCAGAGAAAAUUGUUAUUAGAGAAAGAUGAUCAAAUUUCUGGGCUUUUAUCUGAAGGCAAAAAAUUAUCAAAGAAUGAACUUGAAUAUCGCACAAGUUUAAAAAAAUAUCGAGCAAAAGAUAUUGAACAGGAAAAUCGAUUGAUCGAUCUUCAAAAGAAAUAUGAUAAGGCCGCCUCAGAGAUAACCGAAUUGUCAGCUAAAUUAAAACAAAUGCAAGAAAUUGAAAAAAAGAAUAGUUAUAACUUGAAGAGGAUUGAAAGUGAACAAGAAAAGAAGAUACAGCAGAAUUUGAAAUUAGAGAUUGAUAUUGCUGUAGCAAAAGAAGAGCGAGAUAAAUUACAACGUCUUUUAGAUCGGACCAAUGCGGAACUCAAAGAAGCACUUGAUAUCAAUGCUACUUCAUCUUCACAAGUACAAGCUGCAGCUUUGGAAAAGGAGAUUCAAAUUAAUGAAAGACUUCAUCAUGAGCUAGAACAGUUACGCACCGAAUCAGAGAAUACAGAAAAUGCUUUGCGGUUAGAGAUUCGCGAGUUGAGAACAACACUUGCACGAAUCGAAGAGCAGGCUGGUUUAAGAGAAGAUAAUUUACGUCAUGAAGUGUUGGUUUUACAACAACGAAUGCAAUUUGCUGAGGCAGCAGCACAAGAUGUAACAUCAGGAGAAUGGGAGAUAGAGCGUAUUCAGAUACUUCGACGCAUAGAAGACGUACAAACACAACAUGCACUGUCUGUGAAGAAUUGGGAAAGGAUUGAAAAUAGUCUUUCUAAGCAACUUACUGAAAUGGAAACGGAGCGAGAUCGGUUUGCUGGAAAAUAUGAAACUUUAAAUAAUCAGCUUAUAGAAAUGUCAUCAACUAUGGGACAACAAGAACUUCAGUUGAUAAUUGAACGCAAUCAAAACAAACAAUUAAACGAGGAAAUCACUUCAUUGCGUGCACGAAUUCCAAAUUUAGAAGCCAAAAUUGAGAAUUUGGUUUUAGAACUUGAAUCCUACAAAACAACUCAUAAAAUAGCAUUGCAAGAAGCAGAAGAACAGUAUCGUCGUAUGUUACGACAAACAUUGGAAGAAAAACAGGAGGAAUGGGAACAGAAAGUGCGUUCUGAGCAAGAGAACAAACUUAUUAAAGAACACGAAAAAGAAAAGCGUAUAGCUAAAUUAGAUUCAUCGAGAUCAUCCGAGGAAACAAAUUUGGGAUCAUUGAGAUCAAGAAGUGAGACAAAUUUAGGGAGAAAUUAUGAUGGAGGAAUAUUAUCACCUGUAAUGUAUAGUCCAACAUCAAGUACAAGAUUAAGUAUUGAUGGCGGAAGUAAUAUUAUAAGCAGUGUUAUGAUGAUUGAAAAAUUAAAUUCUUCCGUAAGACAUUUGGAAGGACAAGUUAGUACUCUACAAGGUCAAUUACACAUGACUACAAAAAAUAGAGAUGAAUUAGCAGAUGAAUUAGUUAAAUUAACCGUUCAAAUGGAAGAUAUUUCUAUAAAGACAAGAAGGCUUCCAGAGCUGGAGCUACAAUUCCAUGAAUUGAACGAAAGAUAUCUAAUUACAUUAGAAUUACUUGGAGAAAAGACAGAGCAAGUGGAAGAAUUACAAGCAGAUAUUGAGGAUAUGAAAGAUGCAUAUCGUAAUCAAAUAACAGAUCUGGCUGCAGAGCUUGAAAAAUAUAAAAUUUCUCGUUAA